UGGAAAAGAAAGAAAGUUUGUUUUGUUGGUACUUUUUCCAAAUCUUUCUUUCAUUUUACAUUUUUACAUGAAUUAAUAGAUUAUAAAUUUCACAUUAAUUCGGACUGUCGAUAGUGAGAUAACUAAUGAUUAAUUAUGGCUCGUGUAAAUAACUAUAUUCGCUGAAAUUCUCGCGAAGUGUAGCUGUAGACUGUAAAAACUUGAAAGAUUCUUAUCACUAUUGCUGUGUACACUGGUCGCUGAUGAGAUACUGAACAGAAACUUGAACCAAGAAGUGAUUUUUCUUUCUACUUGCUGUGAUGUGAAUAAUCAAUUAUUAUGAAAAUAAUAGUGACCUAGCAAAUCAACAAAAGAAGAAACCAACAUCAACAAUUACAAAGUCUGUGUACUCAAAUCAAGAUAUCUUCUCACUGCUACAUAAUCUUGAAUCGUUCGAUAACGUAUUACGUACAACUUUGGUUAUUUCAAUGAGAAUAUUCAAAAUUUUUGAAAAUAAUUCACGAUAUGUUUGUUUUCGGGUAAUGACUUAUGCUUCGUAAGACCCCGUUUGUAAUGGUUACUUAAACGGGAGAGUGAUAUGGUGAACUCGAUAUUUUUGACUAUUUCGAUGUAUCGCGUUUUCUAGUUCGUAAUAUUUUACAUAUCGAGGUUGUUUUCUGCGUGAAAUUCGAAUAAUGCUUCCCAACGAUCAGCCUUGCAGCACUGUAACAGCAUCCACUUCCGAAGAAGAGAAAUGCGAGACUCGCGAAUAUAAUUCCAAAGUAUUAAUUCAAAAGAAAGGCAAAAAAACAUGGCAAGAGUUCAAAGAGAUAGUUGGCGAACUGAGAAAACAACUAUCAUCGUUGUCGACUCUGGCUCCUACAUCGGUUUGUUUUCGAACGUAUUCGGAUGGCAGAACGCGAAUAUUUUUCUUAGGCUCGCCUGUCAAUGGCUUGGAAACUACCUUACUGUAUACCGAUAUCCCUAAAGACGAGAAUACGCAGCCCGAUGCCCAAUUACAUUGGUAUCCAGUCAUCGAAAGUAUAGCUACAACAUCCAAGUUUUCCCGUGAAGAACAACUCAUGCUGGAGAGAAAAAGACUGGCUACGUGGGGUAUUACUUCGUACGAAUUACACGAGGAAUCUGGCAGAUUGGUUUUCCCAGCAUCUAGUACGCUUUUUCAUUGCACUGAUAACGGCUUCUCCAAAGGUCCGCUGUUUCCGACUGAAUUGCGUAUGAAUGCGAACGGGGCCAAGUUAUCUCCGCAAAUUUGUCCCUCCAAUUCGGAUCUUGUGGCGUAUAUUUGUAACUGCGAUAUAUGGCUGUCUCAUACGGUGACAGGUAGUACUCAUAGAUUAACUUAUGCUCAUAAAGGAGGCAAAAAUGUAGCCGACGAUCCACUCGCUGCUGGACUUCCAUCUUACGUAAUGCAGGAAGAAUUUGAUAGAUAUCAAGGCUAUUGGUGGCAGCCAUACUCCAAUGGAACUGUAUAUAGAAUUUUGUACGAAGAAAUAGACGAAAGUGAGGUGAAAAUUUACAAUUUUCCUUCGACUAAUUCGAAUGGAAUGGGUGAUAUCGAACAGUACAGAUUUCCCAGAGCCGGAACUGCCAACUCUAAAUCUAAUUUAAAACUUAUAGAAUUCUCAUUGAACGAAAAUUUACAAAUCGUUCAAAUAAAAAAUUUAGAAUUACAGUACCCUCUGUCGUACAUGUUUCCUUGGAUGGAGUACAUGGUUAGAGCAGGAUGGGCGCCCAACAAAGACGCAAUUUGGGUUCAGUUAUUGGAUAGAAGACAACAACGGCUCGAGUUAGUUUUAUUAUCUGUGGAAAAUUUCACCGAACCUCCGCCCAAUAUGUAUUAUAUCGAAAGUCAUCUUCCGCCAGCGUCUCCUCCUGCCCAUAUAAUUUAUUCGCAAACGUCGGAUGUUUGGAUUAAUGUUCAUGAUAUGCUGUACAUGUUCCCAAUCACAAACACCGGAGAAGUUACCAUUAUUUGGGCUAGCGAAGAAACCGGCUACCGACAUUUAUAUUUGAUUACUAGUUUACUGCCUAGACCCGGAGUAACCAAUGGGUUUGCAAAUCCGUUUGACUCUGGUGAUAAUAAUUCAUACGAUUCGAACGAUAGUUUGGUUGUUACUCACGUCGCAUUGACCAAUGGUGAAUGGGAAGUCCUGAGGAGGCCAUUAUGGGUGGAUAUCGAUAGACAAUUAGUGUAUUUUAUGGCUUUAAGAGAAUCUCCUUUGGAGAAACAUUUAUACGUUGUUUCAUUGAGAAGACCUGGAGAAGUUAAAUUACUAACAAGAACCGGAUUUUCUUACGUGGUUGAGUUCAAUAAGGAUUGCACCAUGUGCGUGGCCAUUUUCAGCAAUAUCAGACAGUUACCAGCUUGUCAAGUGUUCCGGAUAACUCAUACAGAUUACACGGUGCAAGGCGUUCAUCUGAUAUCAGUCGGAUAUCUGCUCGAGCCAAUGGAGAGCGAUUUACGACCUCCUGAACUGUACAGACAUCAAAUUCGUUCCGGUGAAACUUUAUACGCCAUGGUGUUCCGUCCUCAUUGUCACCAACCAGGUAAAAAAUAUCCGACUGUGUUAAGUAUUUACGGAGGCCCUGAAGUUCAAUUAGUAUCAAAUACCUUCAAGGGUAUGAGGCACCUAAGAAUGCAUAUGUUGGCGGCUCAAGGGUAUUGCGUGAUACAGAUCGAUUCUAGAGGGUCGCAGCAUCGUGGUCUUCGAUUCGAAAGCCACCUAAGAGGGAAAAUGGGUACAAUUGAGCUGUCGGAUCAAGUAGAAGUUCUCGAGUGGUUAGCAGAGACGUUGGGUUUCAUCGAUAUAAAUCGUAUUGCAGUAAACGGUUGGUCGUAUGGCGGAUACUUGAGUAUUAUGGCGUUGGCUAAAUAUCCGCAUAUUUUCAAAUUAGCCAUUGCUGGUGCUCCGGUGACAUCUUGGUCGUUGUAUGAUACGGGAUACACCGAACGAUAUAUGGAUUUGCCACAACACAAUCAACUCGGUUAUAAAACUGGAUCCGUUUUGAGUUACGUCAGUCAGUUACCCGAAGAGGAAAAUAGACUACUUAUUGUUCACGGACUUAUCGACGAAAAUGUACAUUUUCAUCAUACGAGUCAAUUGAUUAACGCUUUAGUGAGACAAUGUAAACCAUAUCAGCUGCAAAUUUAUCCGAACGAAAGGCAUAGUUUGAGAAGCAUAGAUGCCAGCAAACACUACGAAACCACUUUGUUAUCAUUUUUGCAGAAUCAUUUAUAACAAAUCAUCGUGUAUGUAAAUGGUGUGCUGAAGUUGUUUUCCCCUUUUCUCGUACCGUACCAUAAUAAUGAUUGUUAAUAUAGGCUGUGGGUGAAAUUGUUCAGAUUAAAUGAAUGUUUUAUUGUUAUUGUUUUUAAAGUAAUUUUUUUAUUUCGAUGUAAUUAUUUGUAAAAUAGAGAAUCCGUCCAUAGAUCGAAUAUAUUUUGCACCUGCUUUUGUAAAUUAGCGAAUAGUUUUUGUUGCAUUCGUUUCCUGCUCGAUUUAUUGGGUCGUUCGAUCGCUAUAGGUAAAGAUAUCGAUUUUUUGCCGUAGGAAAUUUUAUUUAAUUCGAGCGAUUAACAAUUUUGGAAUCGAUUCGUAUUGUUAGAUAGUUCUUCUCUGGCGUGUAAUGUAAAAUCUGGAAAAAAGAAAGCUAUUUGAAUAUCUACAAUGAUGAUGAGUCAAAAAGGGAUGACAUUCAAUUCUGUGAUAAUUUCAACUAGGUUUUUUCGUUACCUAGACUUGAAAAGUUCGUUCAUUUUGAAUUUAAACUGCCCUGAAAAAAAAUAUUGAUAAGUAAUUCUGAGCCAUGGAGUUAUGUU